AUGGCAGAGACUGACAACUCUCGGGGGAAAAUUGACACGUCUGAUUGUCUGGACAAGAUACUAAUAAAUUAUAAAUCGCAAGAAGAUCAAGAUAUCCCAUGCAAUGAUGUGUUUCAUCAUGACAAAACUUCAGAAGUUAAUAUAGGAAUACAGUUAGAAAAUGAUAUAAACGGAAUUGAAAACAAUUCUGUUCUGUCUGAUUCUAAUACCCCCAACAAUUCGACUCUUGAAAACCUGGACCUGUGUUACAUGCAGAGCUUAGUAUUUGACGAAGUACACGAACAAGGACCUGAGUGUAAACUGAUGACUUGCAUUAAAGAAGAAAAUAAUUCCUCUGUUGAAACUCACCUUGCUAGUGAAUUCCCAUAUGCCGAUGCCACAGUUAACCAUUUCAUUAGGGAAAAUGACCUGCUACAGAUAAACAGCAAUGCCAUUGAUACAGAUAUUGAACAUUAUAAUUGUGUUUUUCCACUUGAAAAUAAAUAUCACUCUAUUCCAAUGACGACAAACAAAAUAAAAAUAGAAUCGGGAGACGGCGAGAAAACAAGUUCUGUUUCUAGCACAGUGGAAUAUGUUGCGAUUAACACAUGUACAGAUGAAGACGAAGACUAUGAGAAUUUUUGUGCCAUGGAUAACCUUGGUUACCACGGUCAUAGUGAUGGACAUACCUUGAACUGUACAAUUCACCAAAAUGCUGUAUCCAAGUAUAAAUGUAUGGAACAUGUUAUCGAAGAUCCGCUUAGUGAUGAUGAAAUUGAGCAUGAGGAUAGCACUUUGAUUUUGGAAACUAAGGAACAGGAAGAUGUUGAAUGCAUCAUGGAAUGUAGUGAAUAUGGGUCAGCUGUGUCAACUAGGUACCAAACAGAAUACAGUAAUACAAUGAAAUCAAGUACAUUAGUUGAUACUGCAGUUGGUAGCACAAAUGUCUUAAAUAUUGGAAAACAAUGUCAGAGUGCAUUUGAUAGCGAUGGAACUAUGUCACUGUUGAUUACUGGGAUGUCAACUGAAUAUGAGUUUAUGUCAAUGAAAGUGAACCAAGAUCAUCUAGUAACCACAAAACAACAGGAGAAAAGGGAGGAGAGGAAGACAAAGAAAAAGAAAAAGACCGAAAGUCAUCUUCAAAACAAAAGCAAUAAUGCCUUUCUCAUGCCUGAAGAACAACUCAACAGUCAUGGUACAUCUGUCGUUCAUUCAAUUGAGUACCUAGAAUUCCUAGAUAAUAUGAAAGAUAUACCUGAACUGAAUUCGUCUAAUGACGUAGCAGAAAUUAUAUCACCAGAACUACCUGAACCUCAAAUGCUUUCUGAAAAACAGAACGAUGCAAAUGAAAGCAGACAUGACAAUCAAAACAACAACACCAUCAUGGACUCUGAGCGCGAUUCAUGCAUUUCUCCCAAGGGAUAUGUUACAGGGAUUACUGAUACAAGGGCAAGUGAACACAACAAUCUGAAAAACAACAGCGCUGAUACUGGAGACGAUAUUUGCCAAAUAACACCUGGCAUUUCUUCCCAAGUAAAUAGUGGAUAUGUCAAGAUGGAAUUAAAUGAUGUCUAUAAGACAUCUUCUGUAGUGCCAAUCCUGGAUGAUUGCAUUCAUACACUGAGUGAUAAAAAAACACAAGAUUAUUUUAGUGAAGGAUGUGCAAGUGAAGAAGAAGGUGCUCAUGCCUCUUGCCUGACUACAUGUAGCACUUUCAGUGAGGUCCCAGACGGUGAUUGUGUUUCUUCAAGGUGGCAGGAACACCAUACCAUGGGUUUGUCUGUUAAUGAUAACAUAUUGUUUACACAGAUCACUAGUGAAAACUGGGCAAACAAUUGCCUAGAUAAUCUGGAAAAUAAACCAAAACUGGAUUUGUCAAAUAGCACUGGAGUAAAUGGUUCACAUGAUCUAGCUCCAGUUCUUUAUGAAGAAGAAAAUAAUGCAAAUACAAAUAGACUUGAAAGUAACAAUGGCAAUAUAAACAACCCUCAGUUAGUCAAAUAUAGUGAAGAUGCAGGAGUCCAUUUAAAUAAAGACCAAACAUCAAAUAAUGAAAAGAAUAAAACAGGGAAGAAGAAGACGAAACAAAUCAACAGUGGAAAUAUUGGUGUAGAUAUUGCUGAUGAAAUUACAAUUGUACAAAUGAAUGAACCACUAAAGCUGUUAGAAUUACUAAAAGCAGACAGCAUUUCAUCUGAACCUGACAAAAAGAUAAGUAAAGGAGGCCUCCAGGAUCAACAUGACUUAGCUGUUACAUCCAUUACUUCAAAUCAAGACAAAUUGUUGGUAACCAAAGAUAAUAAAGAAAAAACAACCACAACAAUUCAGAAGCAGAGGCAAGGCGAACAAAUAAUAAGUAAACAGAAGACAAAAAGGAGAAGUGAACAGAAAAAUAAAUGUGAUGGACCCACUGGUCCGAAAAAAGAAGUGCAGAUAGGACAGAAUGAGAAGAAAAAGAAGAAAGCAAAGUCAGUUGUCAGCCAGGUUAAUGAUAUAACACAAUCAACACAGAGUAAAAUGAAACUUUUAAACACGGGUGGGACAAAUCAACAUGAUGCUACCAAAGAUAAUAAAGAAAAAACAACCACAACAAUUCAGAAGCAAGGCGAACAAAUAAUAAGUACUCAGGAGACAAAAAAGAAAAGUGAACAGAAAAAUAAAUGUGAUGGACACACUGGUCCGAAAACAGAAGUGAAGAUGGGACAGAAUGAGACGAAAAAGAAAAAGAAGAAAGCAAAGUCAGUUGUCAGCCAGGUUAAUGAUAUUACACAAUCAACGCAGAGUAAAAUGAAACUUUUAAACACGAGUGGGACAAAUCAACAUGAUGCUAUCAAAAAUAAUAAAGAAAAUACAACCACAACAAUUCAGAAGCAAGGCGAACAAAUAAUAAGUAAACAGGAGACAAAAAAGAAAAGUGAACAGAAAAAUAAAUGUGAUGGACCCACUGGUCUGAAAACAGAAGUGCAGAUGGGACAGAAUGAGACGAAAAAGAAAAAGAAGAAAGCAAAAUCAGUUGUCAGCCUUGUUAAUGAUAUUACACAAUCAACACAGGUUAUUUCUAUUUUCUACAGUUUCUAUAAUAUUCAUAUUGCCAUUGAUUUUGAUAAGAUGAUUGGGUUUUUGAAGGGUCUUAAUGAGAUUGUACCCGCGUCUACCUCUGGGCACUGCGUUACUAUUCGUCGACUGUCUACAUCAUCGUACAAGGCAAAAGAAAUAACAGAUGUCAGUGACCUUUCAACUAAGUGGCGUUGGCACUGGAAAGACAAAAACAAUAUAUGGAAACAAUUCGGUUUUAGCGAGCUACCGGGUAAAGCAAAUAGUGAUGACAUUGAGUCUGCUCUAUUAGAAGAAGAAAAAGAGUAUAAGUUUGCAUCUGGUCGAUCUCAGUAUGUGUUAGACUUCACUACAAUGCAAUUAAAAAGCACAAAUGAGCAGACAACAAUGGACGUGAGAAGACGACCACAAUUUGUUGGAAGGAGCGCUGUUUACAGAGCUCUGACUUCACAUCCAGUAUUUUUCAAAAAAAGAAGCGAUAGCUUCAUAGCACCAACUGUAUGGGAUGUGGUACCUACUGGCAAAGAUUUUAUUAGAAGAAGAUUGAGUACUCAAUCGGCUGAAUUUACAUCCGUGAAACAGCUAUUCAGAAACACCAUUCCACCAUCAACAGCAGCAAUUAUAAGAAUAGAACGGGUACAAAAUGUUGAACUUUGGGAACAUUAUCAAGGAAUGAAAAAACAUAUGGAGCGUAAACGACCAGGCUGCGAAAUGGAGAAACAGUUAUUCCAUGGGACUGAGAUGGAAUCCAUUCAACACAUUUGCAAACAUAAUUUCGAUUUUAGGGUAUCUGGAAAAAAUGGAACACUCUUUGGACAAGGAACAUAUUUUGCCAAGAAGGCAAGUUUUAGUGAUAAAUAUAGCGUUACAGAUAAAUCUGGUUAUCAAUUCAUGUUUUUGGCUAAGGUAUUAGUAGGUCGUUCAGCUAAAGGAGAUCCAUCAUAUAAAAGGCCACCAGAGAUAGAAAAUUCGAAAGGUGAUUUGUAUGAUUCGUGUGUAAAUAGUCUAAAUAAGCCAUCCAGGUUUGUCAUAUUCGAUCGUUAUCAGUGUUACCCAGAAUAUCUAAUAACAUAUACGAAAGUGAGUUGUGAGAAAAAUGAUGUGAAAGUUGAUGACGGCAACUUGAUGUGCUCACCAGGACUAUCAAAUGCUGGUACCAAAAGCAAAUCACCACAGACAGGUCCUCAACAUCCCAUCAGUAGUGACUGUCCACCGCAACAGUCUAGCAUUGUCUGUGAUAUUUCAGACCAGCGCCACCAUAUUCAGAUGCAACACCAGACAAGAGCAGGUGAACCACAGCAUUCAUCCUCUGGUUCUGUUAUAUUAAUUACGAGUACAUCACAUCAAUGCGGCACUGAGUAUGAUCCAUCAAUCGUAAGUCAACAACAGUCGCCCAGUACUGAUAACCUAACUGCAAGUCAGUCGAUUCAGUCCUGUACAGAUGAAACGUCACUAUGUGUAAAUGAUUCAAGACAGUCUCAUGGAUCUAUAACUAUACAUAGUUUACCACGUGGAGAUAAUCCAAAACAAUCUCACACCAAUGAGCGUGCGUCUCCAUGCAGUGUCAUGUAG